AUGCAGAUCACCUCCUUUGGCUUCUUGGCUGCGGCCAUUGGCUUUUUGCCAACCGCUGCAGCCCAGAGUGACAUCCCUAAGCGGCCAAUCGUCGAGCCAGCCCCCUUCAAUUCCGGAAAGGCCAUGCCAUACUCGCCUCCUCGAGAUGAAGGUCGAUAUUGCUACGUCAAGCCGAGUUGCACCGAGGGUAAAGACGACGCGCCCAAGAUUCUCAGAGCAUUCACGGAGUGUAACAACGGUGGCACUGUAGUGUUGGACAAGAAGUAUCUCAUCAGCUCCCCGCUGGACUUGACCUUCUUGAAGCACAUUGACGUUGUCAUCACCGGCGAGGUCCACUUCAACGAUGACCCUUACUACUGGGCCGAGAACAGCUUCAAGUUUGCUUUUCAGAAUCAAUCAGUAUUUUGGAAGCUCGGUGGCGAGGAUGUCAACAUAUAUGGUGAUCUUGGCAACGACAAGUCUGUCAUUGACGGCCGUGGCCAAGCCUACUGGGUGGAAAUUGAAACCAACAAGAGUCUCUUGAGACCGAUGUUGUUCUCCUUCGAUGGCGUCAACGGAGCGACCAUGUCCCACCUCCGCAUGCGUAAUCCGCCUAAUGUGAGUCUUAUUGUUCAACAGGAUGUAGUACAUGGCUUACGAUUGCAGUGGUUCAACUUGAUCGCGAACAGUACAGAUGUGAUAAUCAGCGAUAUGGAUCUUCGGGCGAUUAGUGAGAAUGGCGUCAAAAUUGCCAACUCAGACGGUUGGGACACUUAUCGCUCUGAUCGGGUUGUCAUACAAAACUCAUACAUUAUCAACACGGACGAUUGUGUCUCAUUCAAACCAAACAGCACCAACAUUGUCGUCCAGAACUUAGACUGCACUGGCUCCCACGGCAUGAGUGUUGGUUCACUGGGUCAGUACAAGGGCGAGACCGAUAUCGUGGAGAACCUUUACAUCUACAACACCACCAUGGCAGACGCAAGUGAUGCCGCACGCAUCAAAGUCUGGCCUGGCAUUGAGACGGCUUUCCAGACUCUCUUGAACGGCGGAGGUGGUCUCGGCCGCGUCAGGAAUGUCACGUACGACACUUUCAACAACAUCAACAAUGACCGCGCCAUCACCAUUACGCAGUGCUACGGGCAGAAGAACCAGACUCUCUGCGAGGAAUUCCCGGCCAACUUAACCAUCUCUGAUAUUACACUCAAGAAUAUCUACGGAACAACCUCCAAGAAGCUCGAUCCUCAGGCCGGUACGCUAGUUUGUAGUGCUCCAGACCGUUGCAGCAACAUCCGAGCUGAAAACGUCACUGUAACUGUUCCAAGUGGAAAGUCGCCUGUGUGGGAAUGCAAGAAUGUUGACAAGAGCCUCUUGAAGAUUAAUUGUACUACCGGCGCAGAUGGAGAGCGUGACACUACCAACGGUUAG